GUGUUCAUAAGAAUGCGCUGAUCCAAAUCCAAUCGGAAUACGGCUCGCUAUCUCCGGGCUGCUGCUCUCCGCCGCUUCCACCCCACCGCGCCCCUCUUCUUGCCCUCGUGGAUCUCGCCGGCGGCGAGAAAAUCAGAUGGCGAAGCGUGAGCUCUCCGGCACCCUUAAGAACCUAAAGUUCAUGCAAAGGGCUUCCUUGAAGGAAGAUAAGUCUAAGGAAGUCGACAACUACAAGCCCGUCGAAGACUCCGCCGCCGCCCCAGCCCCUUCAAGAAGAUGCAUUGUUAUAAUGGAAGGUGAUCCUCAUCCAGGAGCUUUAAAAGGUCGAAUGUCUUUCCAGAGUUUCAAUCCCUCAGUAGACAAACUAAAUGAAGUGGCUGCAAAUAAUCAACAAAAUGCUGCCACUGCUUCAAAUAAUAAGAGAGAUUCAGUUAGACCAGGUGAAACCACAUCAGUAGGUUCUAUGGACUCGAGAAUAGGUAGAUCAAACAAUGCUUCGGAUACAGACCUCAAGAGGAAGCAACUAGAAGUGGAUAGCGACAAAACAACACCCAACGAGAUACUGAAAAUCCAUGGCGAAGAGGGUAAACAUUCAUCGUCGAGCAAUAGAGCAGGUUCUCAUAAGCAACAGAAACGUGAAAAACUGGACUGGAAUGUUCUUAGACCUCCAAAAUACAAUCAAAAGGAUUAGCGCAUGCUGACUUCUUCAAUUGCACUGCAGCGAUUUCUUCCUUCAAUUGUACUUCUCAUUGAAGCUAAUUUAGUAGCAAGGUGUAACUUGUGUUUUGUGACCGAUGGAGACGUUCUCCUGAGAAAAUUUUGCUUGUUUGCACAUUGGUAAAAUUCCUAUUUGCAGCUCACUUAUUUGAAAGUGUUGGAAUAUUCAAGAUUGUGUUAUCAAGCAAAUUUUGACGGUUUGUGGUAA